CCCUCUCUUGUUGCUACAAACCACAGCACCGAGUGGAGCUGUUGGCCUCGUCGCUUGCUACUAGUUUGUUGGUUGAUUCUCACUUCCUGCAUUAAUUUCUUGUUUUGUUUUCCUUAUUUUUUUUUACUUCUUAUUGUCUUUUUUCUCUCCCUUUCUUGUUGAUCCCUUCAUCAUCGUCAUAAUAAUUAGUGACUUUCCUUUCUUUCUUCACUUAACAACUAACAGUCGGUGGUGUGUUCCCCUCCUGUGAUUUUCCUAUCAUAAACUCUACGAUAGAGUGCAGCGGCGGCGGCGGCGAAAUGUAAAAAGUGGUGGCCUCUUACACACUGCUGUCAGUUGUGUGUUACCGCCCUAACUCAAUAUACUCUCCACUGUACUACAUACAAUAUUAUAUUGUGUGUAUGUUGUGUGUGUGUGUGAGUGUAUGUUUGUGUGUGAACGGCAAGUGUCGAUAGACACUGCUCUCUCUGUUCCACACUCAUACUGUCACACAUACACACUAAACAAUCUAUUACAUGUACACAUACACACUGCGUGAAGUUCAAAUUAGAAGCUUAAGAAACGGGCCUUGCCACCAUUUUAUCCCAUCAUCAGCAUCUACUCACCUACCCAUCUAUUCCCUUUCUUAACUAGCCACCCUAUCGUCUCUGAUCAUCAACCUAUUCUGUCUGUCCAUCUGUUUAUCUUUAUAUCUUUCUAUCCAUCCUUCCCUGUUCUUGUCUAGUUGGAAAGCGACGAUCUCUGUCCCAAAUAUCUCUCUCGAUCUGCCUGUCAUCACACACGUCUACCCUAUCCUGCCAUCCUCCGCCAGCCAUCUAUCUACCUCUAAGCUACUCCAUAACCACUAUCUUUUACAACCAGCCAGAAAACCGAUGGAAUGACCAGCCGGCCAGUGCCUCCUACAGCCGCACACAGGUGGAUAGACAGCAAACACCACCACCACCACCACCAACAACAACCACACCAACAACAGCAACACCCACAGACACACCACCAUCAACACCAUCACCAUCAAUACCCCGCACACGAACACCAUCAUCUAUACCACCAACACCAACCACCACAUUACCACUUACAACAGCAACAACAACAACAACAUCUGCAGUAUAGUAGAGCUAGAAUGUCGGCGCCGUCAAGUGUCAGCGGAGGACGAACCAACAGGACUACUACCAACCAGAACAAACCUGAUGUGAUACCCUCUCCCACCAUGUCCGGCUCACCCAGGGGAAAGGUAAGCAAUCAAUUUUUAUUGGACAUUACUGAUUUGAACUACCCAAAGACAUCGAUGCCAGCCAGCAGUCCAAACACAAGCAGUAGCCAGUCGAGUAACCAAAGCCAGUCGGGAGAACAGCUGAGCAAGACAAAUCUCUAUAUCCGCGGAUUGAGCAAACACACCACUGACAAGGAUCUUCUGGCCAUGUGUGAAAGCUAUGGGAAAAUUACCUCUACUAAGGCUAUAAUCGACAGUCAACUUUCAACAUGUAAAGGCUACGGGUUUGUCGAUUUUGAGACUCCACAAGCUGCUGAAUAUGCAGUUCAAGAAUUACAAGCCAGUGGUUUUCAAGCCCAAAUGGCAAAGGUCAUACGAAAGAGGGAACCGAGGAUGCGGGAACCGUUUCCGACAAGGGAUCAUGGUAUGCCGAAGCCAAGAGGGACCACUAUGUUUGGAUCGGACGCUGAGAGCAGCCACGUGCGAAAGAUGACAUCUUUUGGAGGGCAACAAGAACAAGAUCCGACCAAUUUGUAUAUUGCCAAUCUUCCGCCAUAUUUCACUGAAGAACACUUGGAGAAUUUGUUCAAGGAAUAUGGAACUGUGAUUUCGACAAGGAUUUUACGGAAAUUGGAUGGCCAGAGUAGAGGGGUAGGGUUUGCACGGAUGGAGAGCAAAGAAAAAUGUGAACAGAUUAUUCAAAACUUUAAUUCCAAAAUUUUGGCAGGUGGCAAUGAGCCUCUUUUGGUAAAAUUUGCUGAUGGUGGCAGUAAAAAAAAAGCUCAAUAUCAACAAAACCGUUCCUGGACAGAAAGGGCUGAUGCCAACAAUUAUAGCUAUGUAACUGGAAUACCUGUUGGCUACGACCAAUCAAGCAUUGCUCAAAAUGGUCUUUAUCUGCCUUACAGUGUGGGGGCCGCGCCCCCUGGGGGGGCAGCAGCAGCAGGCGGAGGUGGAGCAGUUGCCACAGCGAUGAUUCCAGCAGGGAUAAUGCCUAGGUACUCCAUGUCCACCACCCCAGUCACCACAUACCAAGUACAGUCCACUAACCCUGGCUGGAUGCACCACCCACAGUAUAUCAUGCCACCCAUUGCGCAUAUGAUCCCAAAUACCGUACACCCUGGAAGUCACACUCUUGACCCCACUUCUGUAAUGCCGACCCUCACAACCCAGAUGGGACAACUACAAUUGUCCAGCACUUCGUACGUCUCUGGGCCUCAUGCAACUUAUACUCAAAUCCCUUAUCAGCCACAAGGUGGCACUGUUGUACAAACAGUCCCCGUUGAGGUAUGUGUCACCCUCCACAAAUUUUUCUGUUCUCUUUUUCUUUUUAAUUUGUUCUUUCAAAUUUUCUGAAUGUCAACAGCUGUGGCACAGUGGGACUUGUAGAGUGGCACCCAAAAGAACACCUAGUUACAGUGUUCAUUGCAUCUUUUAGCCUUUGUUCCAGUCAUUUGACUACGGCCAUGCUGGGGCACUGCUUUGAAGAAUUUCAGUCGACCCCAGUGCUUAUACUUUUAAGCCUGGUACUUAUUCUAUUGGUCUCUUUUACCGAACUGCUAAGUUACGGAGACAUAAACCCACCAACACUAUGAACCCAUGAAUGAUCCAUCGGAAAACUAAAAUCAAUAACUUUAUUGAUCACGAGUGAUUGUAAUGAUAAAAAAAAAUUUCUUAACUGUUUGGUUGUUUGUAGAACAUCCUUCCUUGCAUCCUUUCACCUGCCAAGGUGGACUGUGCCAAUGGAACAGCUUCCUCAUGAAAUUAACAUGCAAAUGGCUGAGCACCCCACGGACGUGUAGUGUAUUCUCUUAGUGUAGUUCUCAGAGAGAUUCACAGUGACACACAAUGUGACGAGGCUGGCCCCUUGAAAUACAGGUACAACUCAAUUUUACCAGCUGAAUGGACCCCUAUUUCAAUGAAAUGAUCUGAGAACAUGCCUGGUUCUAUGUUGUAGUAAGACAUUCACAAUGGUAUCCAUGCUUUUGUGCCAAAAAAUUGAAAACCAUUAAAGGCAGAGAAUAUGGUGACCAGUAUUUCUUCUGAUUCUCUGUGUUCUGAGUUCAAAUCCCACCAAAGUC